GGCAGCUCUCCGCCGGCAGAGCGGCUCUGAUCCAGAUCGGUACCGGACGCACGGACGCGCCUCGUUGGUCCUGGUUUUGUGUUUUUGGGACCGAACAGUUCGUCUCCGUGGUUUGUCUUUGGAUCUUGUCGCGCCUGUGUGGACUCUCCGUGGGGAUUAAUCGUGGCUGUUCCGCGCGCAGGUACGUUCGAAGGCUGCUGGAUUUUUACGCACGCGCUCCGUUUCACGGUUUAACGUCGUUUCCUGUCUUUCUUACAGAAGUCCACCCGGAGACAAUUAUCCCGGAUUGUUUGUUUUCGACCAGCAGCGCGCGCGGACUCGGAGCGCGUGCACUGAAGUGUCACUUCGUGCGUGUGGAGGCUUUGGGCUCGAGCUCCCCAGAGAUGGUGGGGCACCUCCACCUCCAGGCGAUGGAUGAAAGUCUGAAAGCAAAGAGCCGGGACGGGCUGCUCGACAGUCCGGACUCGGGGUUGCCCCCCAGUCCCAGUCCGCCCUUCUGCUCCCUGUCCCCGGGUCUGACCGAGGCGCGCACGGACAGCCAGCACGCGUGGACCAGGAAGGAGAGCAGGGAGGGGAAACUGUUGCCGUACUUGCUGCUGAACGCCACAGGAACAGACGUCCGGACGCGCAUGCACCCCGUGUUCUUUGGAGAAAGCAUCGAGGUCAAUCCCAAACCAGAGCAAGAGAUCAAAUGUAAUUCUGAGGUCAAGUACGACUCUGACAGGCAUUACCGGGACCGGGUCUACUGUGUGUCGCGUCCCACGGCCACGUCCUACAGUGAGACGGUGGUGGCGGUGCAGAACUGCACCUGGAGGAGCUACAGGAGCGAGGUGCACCUGGAGCCACGCCAGAGGCCCCUCAGCUACCAGAGCACCACCAUCAUCUACCCCAAACACACCAAGAACAUUUACCGCACCACGCUCAAGUACAACGCCACGGGCGCACGCCGCUGGUUUGUGUCCACGGUGCAGCUGGAGUCCAAUGAAGACCCGAGUCCCUGCAUCAUCUUCACCGAGGACCUGUAGGCUGGCCGCAGACUGUCCCCACGUGCACAGGGUUUGGACAACAUGGCAAUUAAAGAGACGACUGGAAAACCUUUUCUGUUGGUUUGAACUGACCAUGGCGGAAACUUUGCAACCUUCAGUGAGCUUUAACCUCUGUUUAGACUUCCUCCUGAUGCAGGCUUUCCACAGCAGGUCGCUCCUUUAGCGGUUUCAGGUGGCGCGUAUUCAUUUACAAGCUGACAAAUGGGUGACCUUUGAAGUCCUUCAAGUUGGAUUGUUGCCAUGGUGGCGCGUGUUUUGGGUUUCAGACCCGUUCAAUGCUAAGCUUUGUUGUGCUCAUGUUCUACAUCCUGACAGCAGCUGUGGAUCCUCGCGGUCAACAGCGGCAGCAUUUUCAAAUAAUUGGACCAAAGCUAGCUUAAUGAUGAGUGGUGGCGCUGUUGAUCAGGUCAUGACAUCAAACUGGACUGCAAGUCGCCAAGUGGGGUGGAGCUUUCCAGGAAGGAGGGCUGACGUGGCAGGAAACCCGGCUGCACUUCAGCUGACCUGCUUGAACCGCUGCCAUGUUUGUUGUUUUAAAAGCAAGACUAAAACUUUGCUGGCGUGACAUUUUUCAUGUCAUACUACUGUCAGACAGCAGGUGGAGCAGUGGAGCCACAUCGUCCUGUUGAAGACGCAUGUUUUUUUUUAUAACUAGUUUUUGUGUUGGUCUUAAAUACAGAUUUUGAUCAUUGGGGGAAAAGCAGUUUCACAAAUUCAGACUAAACCUAAAAGUUUCUGACGGCUCACUUUUAUUUCUACUACAAGUGAGAUUGUAAUUUUGCGAUGCUUUGUCAGUAAAACGUGCACACUAACCUGGGUGAAUGUACGCGAAGCGCACAGAAGGAAUGAAAAAAAAAAAAGAUCUGACAGUGUUUAAAUUGUCCAAAUACACUCAACAAAAAUAUAAAUGCAACACUUUUGGUUUU